AGCAACUUAGCUCGGGUCUGCAACUAACAAUUGCCCUAGUCGCAAAAACGCCAAACCCGUUUGUGCCGGUGAAAAAUAGGUACUUAAAAUCUAGCUCCGCCGCUGCCCGCUGGCGUCGCUGGGCGAUGGAUGCGCAUCUUCAGUGCCUGGCCUGGCGCAAAUGACGGCACAGGAAAAUUCCAAAACACCAACAUGGCGCGUCAAGCACGAAUGGCUGCUGAUGCUGCUGACGGCGUGCCUGAUACUUCUGACCACACUGCAGGCCAGCGGGUCCAUGUUGACGCGCAACUUUGUGCUCGUCAACCAGUCGCGCAGCUACUCCAUCUUCUUCCUGCGCGUCGUCUCCGAGCUGGCCGGUCUGUCGCUGGCUGCCACGCUGGCCGCGACCCUUGAGCGGCUGAAAUGGGCCAUGGUCAUGAUGGCCGCUGCCAUGGGCCGCAACGAUUCCCUCGAUACCAAGACUGCCCGCAAGCCAGCGAGAUUGGUCGAUUUUCUGGCGCUUGACGAGUCAACAACGGCCCUCGGGCUACUGCUUCUCCUGUUUGCUCCGUCGGUUUCGUCGUCGCGGGCGAGAUUGUUGAGCCUCUGCAGACUGGUAAUCCUGGCCGUGGUGCCUGUCACGGGCAUCUUGAUUAUGAGCAGAGUGGACGUCCGGCCCGUCUUCACGUCCAUAUCUAUCGACACGCCGUACAAGGGCUUUGGAAUACACCCAAUGAAUUCCACCACGGCCAGCGAGUAUCUAGGGUUCACAGACAUGCUUUUCGGAUCCAAGUUCUCCUCAUUUGUUGAAGGGCCUUCUCGCUCCAUCGAUUUGACACCCGAGGAUCUCCGCUCGCAGCGCUGUGGCCUGAACGCGGUCGGGCUUAGCGACAACUCGGGCUGCCACCGCGAGUACUUUGUCGCUGGCGAGGCCAUAUUCAUCAUGCCCGAGACCCGCAACGAUCUGCGGUACCCAGAUGCAGGCGUGUUCCUCGUUGAGAACCACCGCGGCCUGCUUGUGCGGUACGGUGCUGGGGACCCAAACGUCGAGUUCAACGAGACAACCAACUGCAGGGUCUACUCGGGCCGGUAUUGGGGAUUUCAGAUUGGCGCAAUCCAGCUGUGUGUCACCAAUACCGCCCCAAAUGAGGUGCAUUCUCGUCUUGUCAAAUGUACGGGGGAACUGGUUACACAGCAAGCAUGCAUGGCCAACUCGUCGUGGCACAGCAACCCAGGGUGGCUCAUCAAGAUGUCGACCGCCUACAGAGAGGCGUCAGUCGCGUACAGCCGGGCCAACUCGACGAUCUUGUGGCACUCAUUCAACAAGUCACAGCCCGAGACGCCAUCGGAGGUGUCGGCAACGGGCAUCCUCGAGGCCUACGAUAGCCUGUUACUCGACACUACGACAUUGCUGCACAAGAACGGGACGCAGCUGCCACUUUUCUCGGGAACCUCGUUCCCGACCAUGCUCUGGCUCUCGGUGCCAGACUUCACGCCCGAAAACGCCAGGAACCCCGAGGUCGCCGGUAACUGGUUCUCGGCAAUGCAGUCGAUGCUCGUUCUACCGCUGUACUACUGCCAGAACGGAAUGCUGCGACGCCUGAUCCCCAGUAUUCAAUACACGAAGCUCUCGCUAGAUGAGGCCGUGGAUGGGUUCCUGAGCCCGCUUCCUCCGCGCGCCACUGACGUGAGCUUCGCAUACCAGCGCUUCGAGACUGUGGCAGACACGGCGACGCUCGUCGCCUACGCGGCCAUUAGCGGCGUGGCCCUGCUGCUCUGUGUCGCCUCACACGCCGGCCUCGCCGUGGCGGCAGCUGCGAGGCGGCGGCGGGAGGGGUACGAGCGGUUUGCGGCCGCGCCGCAGCUGACUUCGUUUGGCGCCGUCGACCUCUUCACGCACUGCACCGUUGUGAAGAAGCGCGGCGGCGGCGGCGGCGGCGGCGGCGGCGACGUGGAGCGGAGUGGCGGUGACGAAAUCGUCUACAAAGGCGACGCCCGGCUGGCCGCGCAGCUCGAUUCCAGCGGGACGCCGUUGGCCUGGCUGUCCAGUCUCGGGAUCAGGUGGGCGGGAUCAGCCGCACCCGCGCUAUCGCACGACACGCCGCCCGAUGCAGAGGAGAUGCAAUCGUUCAGCUGGAUAUGGGAAACCAGCAACGACAGUCGCGACCGCCUGGUGCAUGCCAGCAGUCGGGAAUCGCGCCACGGUCUCGGGGCCACGGGGUGGCCACCGCCAGCUUCGUCGCCCUCGUCGCUGGAUGGCAAUGUGUCUCGGUCACACAUUCCAGAGGAAUCCUUGGCCGGACACGGCGCCACUUCAUUCUUGGCCGAGAGCCCGGAAACGCAUUAUUGGGGGAUAGCGAGGUGACUGGGCGAGAGAAACGGGAAACCAAAAUACAAAAAGAAGGAUUGAUUAUCACUGCAGUUCCCAAUUUGUGCCGUGCAAAUCUUGACUCUGUCCGGCCGUUCGGAUACGAGCUGAAGGCUGCAACUGACAAUCACGCAAUUAAAUACGCUCUUGAUUCGCCAGUCAGGUGCGCCGCGUCAGCGCGGUGCAGCGGCCGUUUUGAGACCAAGGGGUAAAAGAGCAG